AUGUUGAAAAGAAAUAAAGCAAAUGUUGUAAAUAAUACUGAAGUAGCUGAAGUUAAACAAACUCCAACACCUUCGCCAAAACCAACGCCUUCACAAGCAAAACCUUCAAUGACUCCUGAACCUAUGGAAGUACAAACUCCUGUUCAAAAGUCAACUCCUAAACCGACUCCAACAUUUAAACCAGAACCUACUCCUCAAAUAAAUCGUAAAACUCCUGCGUUUCCUUACUGA